UCGUCGUCGGGUUCUUAUACAACUGGGCCCUCCACUUAUGGAUCUACCCUCAUGUCGAGCGAAAAAAGAUUUGAAACUGACAGGGAUGGGUAUGCGCAAGUUUACACGGCUGGCGCUUGCUCGUCCAAUGGGAGAUAUGGUGCAAAGGCCGGAUUAGGGGUGUACUGGGGCGACGGUCACGAGUUGAACAAGAGUUCGCCGGUAUCCGGCCAUGCGACCAACAACAGUGGCGAAAUUCAGGUCGCCACGCGAGCGAUCCAGCAGGCUUUGGACAACGACGUGGACAAAUUGGCCAUCAACACUGACUCGAAGUUCCUAAUCGAUUCUGCUACCAAAUGGAUGCAAGAUUGGAAACAAAAUGGUUGGACACUGCAGUCAGGUGAGCCAGUGAAGAAUGAACAGGACUUAGAAGCCUUGGAUAGAGUUCUAAAUAAAGUUCAAGUCAAGUGGAACCAUGUAGAUGCUCACAAAGGCAUACAUGGCAAUGAGAAGGCUCACCAGUUGGCAAAAGAGGGAACAUCUAAGUACAAUAAUAACUAUUAAUAAAUAAUAGACAUCCCUGUAUUGUUAUGAUUUAAGUGGGAUUUAUUAAUAUUUUAAAGAUUGUUAAGAAUUACAAAUUUUAUAUUUUCUUAUAAGAAACUCCAGUGCCUUAUUUGCACAGCCCAAUUGUAAAUUUCUAUGUCCUAUUGCAGAAACGUGGCUAUAAUAGCUAAAAUUUUGUUAAAUCUUUCUUUAUAAAUGUAUACAUAAAAAAUGUAUGUAUGUAGUUACACAAGUAACAAUGUAAUAAAUUUUAUUACGAAAAUGUGAUGUAAGUUUCAUACUGAGCUGCUACUGAGUUUUUAUUUUGUUUUUUCUUAACAGACUGAUUAAAACUUCUAAUAUGUUAAUUAUUAAAAGUUAAGUAUUAUGGAUGCAUAUUGCUUGAAUGUACUAUUUAAUAAAAGCUUUUAUUAUUA